UGCCACACGAUUCCAAUGAAAAAUUAGUCUUCAGUAACGCUUUACUGAUGAGCAUCAACAAAUUCAUUUACACUUCGUAGCAGACGCUCAUUCAAUAUUCGAUCGUCAAAAUAGUGGAAACCAAUUUCAAAUACCAGCCGUUUUUAUACAUUCGGGUUUUUUUUUUGUUGGUUUCACGAAAUUUCGCUUAACAAUUGUAGACAAGUGAAAGAGGAUUUUUAGAGAGAGCGAGGGGGGUCUGCUUUAAAGUGAUAGUAUAUUAAUCAAUCGGUGAUCGCAAAAGAGACCGGACAGAAAAAUGGGCACCAAAACGAUUGACAAGGUUUCAAUGUUUUUGGCCGAAUUGUUGGGCACAGCUAUGCUGAUAUUUCUUGGUUGUAUGGGGUGUUUGUCAUGGAAUGGACAAGCGCCUAGUUCGCUGCAGUCAUCUUUUACAUUUGGUAUGGUUGUCAUGCUAAUUAUUCAGAGUUUCGGCUGUGUCAGUGGUGCGCAUCUCAACCCGGCUGUGACUCUAGCAGCCUUAGUUUACGACAUGAUUGAUAUUCAGAUGGCUGUUGUUUAUUUCUUUGCACAGUUGAUCGGGGCUUACAUUGGAUACGGUUUAUUAAUGGUCAUGACGCCGACGGAUGUGUUUGAAAUGUCAGGUGGUGGUGGACACGGCGUAUGCGUGACUGCACCUCAUCCAGGAUUGUCGCCAUUCCAAGCAGUUACCAUGGAAUAUUUAUCGACAACCAUUCUAAUUUUGAUCUGUGGGGGCGUUUGGGAUCCAAGAAAUGCCCAUCAACAAGAUUCGAUUCCGGUGAAAUUCGGUUUUGCGAUCACUGCAAUUGGUACGGUUUUGGGACCAUUUACUUCAGCCUCGAUGAAUCCAGCCCGUUCACUUGCACCAGCGAUAUGGCAAAAUGAUUUUACAAUGCACUGGAUCUAUUGGCUGGGACCCCUACCCGCUGGAAUAAUCACUGCCAUUAUCUAUAAACAUGUAUUCCGACGUGAGGUUGUUCAGGCUGUUAAACCAUCACAAGUUACGGACAUCGAUCGCAAAGUAAAUGAAUGUGACUGUGUUCCGCUCAAAACGAUUCCAGUUUGAUGUGAUUGCCUGUUUAAACACUAACCACGUUGUUUGAUGUGUAACUCAUGAAAAAAGCACACUCACAUAUACACUGCACUUAAUUCCUCUUUUUUUGCGCAAAAUCACUUAUUAAUAAAUCACACAUUUGUGCAGUUAACAUAUUUUUAAGUUCUAUAGAUUGAGAUAAAAAUGGAUUUUCUCAGUUUCGGAAGUUUUUUCUUAGUGACAAUAAACAUUUUGGUAAAUUGAAUGCAAUAUUGGAAGAAAAUCGAUGUAAAUAUGCUGAGAAAUUACCAUUUACUCUCAUUUUUGUAGUCAGUUUGUGCACUCAUAAUUGAUUUCAAGCGAAACAGUUUUUAUUUUGCUAGAAAAUCAUUAUUGGUAUUAUAGUAUUGGGCAUUGGGCAUGCACAUUUUCUUUAUUUUUUUUUUUUUUGUAAUUUUCCGGUGUGAAUUGGCAGGAUCAAAACAUGCGUGCGAAUGAGUGUGCGUUCAAAAAAGGCGCAAAUUCAUACAACACGCAGAGUGUGAUUCAUGUUGUCAAUAAAAUGCACAUUUUCAUUAUAGAAAAUAGAACUAUCGACUAAAUCCCAAAAAGAACCCACUGCCCACAUAAAAUGCCUUCAAAAUGUGCUUUUUAUUAUUUUUUUUAUAAAACUGAGAUUAAACAUAGAGAGAUUUAGUUUUGGCUAGUCUUUAAGCAAUUUAUAUGUCACAAAUUUGUUCAUAUUUGAAUAGCAAUAAUUUUGUUAAUUGUUCUAA